GUUGAUCAACACACGCAUGAAGGUUUUGGGAUAACGGAGUCCUGCAGGACCUCACUUCCAUGUCAUCCUGGCAGCAGGAGCGCCAAAACUCAGCACCGUUGAUUUCUAUGUGUAUGACCAGUAGCAUCCUUGAUGGAGGGGCAACAUUGGUCUACUACGGGCUGGACAUUCAGGGAUAGCCUUAUUGUCCGGAGAUUACGUUCUGUCUGCCCUUAUCCAGACUGGCCAAAUGUUGCACCUACGCUGGUAGGGCCACACCAUGUCUUUGAGAAUGACAACUUUAUUGGUGAGCGGCAACCCUUGUCUUGCAAGUCGAACUGUUAUAGGUUCCAGAGUUUGAAAAACAAUGGAGGAGCCUUUCCAUUAAAGAAAACUUUUAGCUUUGCAUAUCCAUUGUCAUUUCCAAAUAAUACUAGGAAUUCAGCAGACUUUUGGAAUAAUGUGGCAGUUGACCAGGAUAGAGGAAACUGUUUGGAUGUUUUGGAGAUGGGUGAAGAGAAGGCUGUUGUAUAUCCAAAUAAUGAAGAUGGAAAUCAUGGGAUUAAUAUCUACAGGCUGGAAGGUGGAAGUAACAUAAUUGAAAAUGAUGUUUCAAAUAACUGUGGAUUUUACAGAUUAGAGAAGCAUGCAGGGUACACAUCUCCUUUUCCUACAUAUCAGGUUGUAGCUAGUUAUGUAAACAAUUCUGCAUAUGUUCUCACAAGGUCUAAAAAGCAAAUUGGUGUUUUUUCUUUACGUGGGAAUUCCAGCAAGGGUAAAUUCUAUCAAAAUGUUUGUAGUAAGACAUCUACUCUAACUGGGGCUGACCUCAGUGACGUUCUACCAGGUUAUUAUACUGUAGCGUCAGAAAGUGGUAAACUGCUUGUAAAGGAUGCUGGUUCUAAGAAUCCAGAUGCAGUAUGGGCAUGCAAUUUUCAAGAAGAAAUGACAUCUAAAAAAUGUUCUUUCCAUUGUGAGUUUGGAAGACAUCCACUUUCUGUUCUUGUUAACAAUAAAUCUUCAUUAUGGUUAUGUGAUACCCGAAUCAGUGGACAGACUUCUAAUAGUUGUAAGAGACUUUUACUAAAUACAAGCAGUAUGAAGAAAUUUAUAUCAGGAAUAGAGGAAAUUAGUGUUUUUUCACAAUGUGAAGAAUUGCCAUACUUGUAUGUUAUAACUUCAAAAGGUGUGCUUGUGUAUGAUGAAAGAUAUAACAAAACUCCAAGUAUGAUGUGGCAGCAUAGGCUAAAAAAUGUCCCAUCAUUUGUAACUACGCAGAAAUUUGGAGAUUCUGAAGCUGUUAUGCUGUCAGGAAAAGAAAAUAAUGAAGUGUGCAUAAUACUGAAUGACUGGGUUCACAGUGGUUCUUCCUCGUGGUGCACAAGCAAGAGCCUUCCAAAACAUUUUAACAUUGCUCAGGACACAAUAAACUUUACUCAUUCAGAAGAAAUAUCAUUCACACAUGAAGCUUAUGACCAUGUCUCCAGUAAUUGCAUUGGGUUAGCAUCUUUCAUACCUUCAAAAAAUGAAAAUGAAAUGUGUCUUCUUAACUUGAAUAAGUAUGGAGAUGUCUUUUCACAACAUUUCAAACUUUCCGAAAGUAGUGAUGAUUUAGUUAACAAGGAGGACAUAGAGAUUGGCAAAAGAAUUUUAAGCCAUUGGCAGGAUCAUGUAAAUUCGACUGCAGAGAAAGCAGAGCAACAUCAGUAUAUGGAGGGAUCUCAAUUUUUACAAAAGCUUGUUAAAAGAGACAGUGUUAUUGCCACCAGUUUAUGUGAAAUGUUCAUGGGACUUCCAGACUUUGCAAUUGAUGAAAAGGAAUGUACAGAUGAAAGUACCUCAGAAAAUGUUUGGGACUUGAGAUUAAAUAUAAAAAAAGUCAAGAAAGGCAAGCAAUCCCAACAACAGAAGCAGAAAGAAUGGUUACAGAGCUUAGUAGAUGAAUAUCUUAUAGAUGAUUCUGUUAAAUGCAAAAAUAAAGUAUCACCCACAAAAAAGCAUAAACAGAUAGAUAGAUAUUUUCCGAGAAAAAUUGCAAAUGCUCAGAAAACUGAUUUCAGCAAUGCACCCAAAGACCCUUUAACUACAAAGCUUCUCAUUCCAUGGACUGAGACUAUCCCAGAUGGACGAGGCUUUCACUAUCACACUGCCCCUGUUGCAUUCAACAGAAUAAGUCACAUUCCAGCAAAGAUGAAGCACCUGGAUUCUCUCCAGAGUAAUGACAUGGACUUUGAAGAGAUGUAUGAGUCAUCAGCAGAAAGUGUUGAUGAACCAUUGUAUACCUCACAGGCCCCAUUGGAUGACUCACAGCAUUUUCAAGUCUCCCAAAUAUUAUCACAGCAAAUUAUGAAAAUACAAAAGAAGAAAUCGAAAAAGAGACGAGUUGAUGGAUUUUAAAUUUUUGUCAGUUGCUUUUGUAUGUACUUAUGUAUUAUAGAAAAAUUUCAUAUAUUUCUUAUGUUUGCCAACAUAAUACUACAAUAUUUGCAUGAUACAUGUGAAACUACAUUAAAUAGGAUAAUAAAAAUACACUUUUGCUUCUAUAAAAAAUAUAUGUAUAACACAGUACACUUUUUGUUUUCAGUCAUACACAAAAUAGUCAUGUAUACUGUAAUAUCAAGAUAAUUCUUAAUGAGUACUAAAAUAUGUGUAUAAAUAUUGUGAAAUAAAAGUAAGAGUAAUGAUAUUUGUUCCAUAAAUGAAAAUACACCCAAGAUAUUGUCUCUGAUGAUAACAAUUCAGUAUUUGUCCUCGGUAAUAAGAUUAAGAAGAUUGGAGUGGCAUGUGAUUUUUUUUGUGAUAAUGAAUACAGUUAGAAUGAACCCAAAAGUUGUAAGAAAUGAAUUGAUGUGUACAGGAUCUCACUUCAAGGCAUCACUAACUUGCAAAAUAGGUGAAAGCAUAUGGAUUUGAAGAUAAAAAAGGGUUUAUCUCUACUCUUUAUCUACAAUGUUAUUGGUUAGAGUAGGUUUAAUAUUUAGGAAGAAAGAGAAAGUGAAGUAUCAAUAGAGAAUUGACAUUAUAAACAGGAUCAUCCGGAUCAUCUCUUUCACAUAAUGCAAGUAUUACGACAUUUAUAGAGGACAAUAAGUCUCCUUAUUAAUUUAUGUUUCUUGACAAAUGUAAUAAAAUAUUUUUAUAUGGUA